AGGAGAGCUUCAAAUGGAAUCACGACCUCCUUCCUGCCAAAUUCCUGCCCCGCCCACCUGAUCGGUUGAUCAAUUGUUGGUGACCUACGGGUAUCCUAUCAUACGGCCUGCAAUUAUAACGGCCUGCACAAGCUCUAGUCGCUCAAGCAUAUAUCGCCACUUUCAACCAUGCAUUUGAAGAGUCUUCAUGUGCUCGUGGCUUUGUUGGUAGGCGGGGUUCAAACUUCCUUUUUACCCUGGAACCGGUUUAGAAGAGAUCUUGGGACGCGGGCCCCCACUUUCGAUUACGGCAAUGUGAAGGUUCGGGGAGUUAACCUCGGAGGAUGGUUUGUGUUAGAGCGUGAGUUUCCCCGGUCAAUCUUUCCAUCCGCCCCGUUUUCAAGGGUGAAUUUUUUUUCUCCGAGUUUCAACUUUUCUAAAAUCUAUUCCUUGCCAGCUUGGAUUACGCCUUCGCUCUUCGAACCCUUCGGAGAAAGUGUGGUCGACGAGUUCACCCUCUGCGGAAGACUCGGAAAGGAUGCCUGUCAAGCCAUGCUCGAACACCAUUGGAGGUGGGUUCCCCAGUAUCAAUGCAAAUUUCGUUCCCCAAAACUUAACCAUAGAAAAGCACAUUCUACUCCUACGCGGACUUCCAACAGAUUGCGGCCGCGGGGUUGAAUCAUGUCCGGAUUCCCAUCGGGUACUGGGCGAUUAGGCCCCUUCCCGAUGAUCCCUAUGUUCAGGGUCAGCUAAAGCAUCUCGACAACGCUAUCAAUUGGGCUGGGGACGCCGGCCUGAAAGUCUGGAUUGAUCUUCAUGGAGUCCCGGGCUCUCAGAACGGAUUCGACAAUUCCGGCAAGCGUGGUGCUAUUGAGUGGCAACAAGGGGAUAACGUGCCUCAUACGGUUGAGGCGAUCAGAGAUCUAGCCCGAAUCUACACCCAGAGUCAGUACAAUAAUGUUGUCACCGCGAUUGAACUCUUGAACGAGCGUAAGAACUCCUCAGGCACGCCCACGGAAGUAAAGUCGCAUACUAAAUUUCAAUCAAUAACAAAGCUUUCGGUCCGAGUCUUGACCGUGGGAGGAUAGAGCAGUACUGGAAAGGUGGAGUGCUUCGUCCUUAUUUAGCGGCUAUAUGUCUGACGGGUUUCAGAUGGGUGGGGCACCAUCCGCGAAUUCGGUGACAUUUCUGUUGUUAUCGGGGACGCAUUCUUCGACACACAGUCAUGGAACGGAGUGAUGACCGGUUGGGAUCACGUUCUUAUGGAUACUCACCACUACCAAGUAUUCGAUGGUGGUCAGCUUCAACAAUCCCCCCAGGGCCAUGUGGACUCUGCUUGCUCCUUCGGGCGAAGCCUCCUUGGUGUUGAUAAAUUGACAGUUGUCGGGGAGUAUGUCUGGCUGCAAACCUAAUUUGGUUUACAAACAUGUGCUAAAGCUCCAUAGAUGGUCUGCUGCACGAACGGAUUGCACGAAAUGGCUUAACGGAGUUGGGCGUGGCACCCGUUGGGAAGGAACACUAUCUGGGGGCCCGUCAAAAAUCGGCGAUUGCGGGAAUCGUGUCCAGGGCUCCGUAGCCUCCUACUCUGCAGAGGAGAAAGCUAACUCAAGAGCUUUGUAAGUUUUCCAGCACAGCCGAUCAAUAGCGGUCCGUUGUUCUAAUGGGGUUGCCGCCACAGUAUCGAAGCCCAACUCGAUGCAUAUGAGCUCAAGGAUGGAUGGUUCUUCUGGACGUGGAAGUCAGAAGGAUCCCCUGAUUGGGAACUGAGGGACUUAUUGGCCAAUGGGCUUUUCCCACAGCCGAUUACAAGCAGAGAAGGUGCAUCUUUCCCAAUUACCCCCUCUCCUCGCCCUGUGAGAUCCACAAAAACCAAUGCUGACAUGACCGUGGGACAGUCCACAACCGCUGCAGCUUCUAAUACUGUGGACACUUGGAUAAUUGAGCUGUGUGCUAUGUAGUCAAGAAUUCCCUUCUCUAGAAAGUGAGCGAGUAACACAGCAAAAGCGCAGCCCCUCUCUCCUCUUUCGGGGUGGAAAGGAAGAAAAUAAAUCGCCAGAACUUACUGAUAGGGGAGGGCCCGACGGCAUAGCACACGGCUCAAUUAUUCGAAUUUCCAUGGUAUUGAUAUCGAGAAUAGUAGUCUGAAUAUUUCACCGCAUAUCUUGGGUUUACAUCACAUUACGAGAACACGACUACUCUUGAUAUGAGGUCAUUACUUAGCUGCCAGUUGGAGAUAUUUACCAGCUGUGAUAUAUUACGCGGAUUUCUUCUUUUUCUUUUCAUUUCCCAAUGCAAUUAUAUCAGACGCCCAAUCUAGCUCAUUCCCUAGUAAUAAUAAUCCAUUUAUUACAAGUGUAGGAGUCGAAAAAUAUAUGUUUUCUACGGCGGGAAUUCAUAAUUGAAAGCUAAACAAAAUGCUGUGGAAAAAGCCACAAAUUUGGCCAGCAUUCUUGGUAAUACAGGGGUUAGACUACCCAUGGCUUGAGAUGCUGGUGCAGGCUGUCCGCAAAGCCCCCGGUUCUGGGAUCACCCGUCAACAGGGGCCCAAUGUGGCACUAGGAGGCAGCUUUAAAGCAAGCCCCCCUCCCAACCACGAUAGACUCUUUUUACCGAAACACCUUACUAUUCUAUUCCGCAGACAAAAAACACAAAACAUCUCGGUAGAGCGUCACAUCAGAGCAAAGCAAAUCGAAAAAAAGAACGGGGAAGAUGGCAUACACCGUCCCAUUCCUAAUUAACGGUGAAGAAAUUACAUCACCCAAAACCUUUGACGUCAAGAACCCGCUUGACGAUAGCCUCCUAUGGAAAGCUUCCGCAGCCACAGUCGAAGACGUGGAAGCCGUGGUUCAAUCCGCGAGUGACGCCUUCCGUUCGUGGUCGACUACAAAGUUAGUCAAGCGGCGCGAGCUGAUAUAUAAGCUCGUGGAGGUCCUCGAGAGGAGGAAGCAGGAAUUGGCGGAUAGCAUGGCAGAAGAGACCGCGGCGCUUGGCGGUUGGGUGGAUUUCACCAUCAGUCAGACAGUUGAGUUGGCGAGAGAAAUUGCGGGCGGGGUGGGUAGGAUUGUCGGGACUAUUCCGGAGAGCGAGGAAGAGGGUGUGCAGACCCCAUCUGGGCAUCAAUAUCGAUAUCUUAUACCUCACAAGAAAGGUUGCAGCUAACGGUUUAAAUUUGGACUAUAUAGGGAGGACCGCGCUUGUGCAGAAGGAGCCGUAUGGAGUUGUCCUUGCAAUUGCUCCUUGGUAACGAUCCUUGAUGACUAUCUACUUUAUUUAAUUGCUUGCCAUGAAAAUGCUCGUGAGCUAACACCCGGAUCCAGGAAUGCCCCCACGAUCCUCUCACUUCGGGCAGCUCUCUUCCCAAUAGCAGCUGGAAAUACUGUCGUGCUCAAAACUUCCGAGCUCUCGCCGAAAACUCACUACCUCCUCGCCUCAUGCUUUAAGGGGGCCGGAUUCCCUCCGGGAGUCCUCAACACCAUUUGCCAUGCUCGAGAAGAUGCCCCCUUGAUCGCGAACGCUCUCAUAUCUCACAGAGCUGUCCGCAAAAUAAGCUUUACGGGGAGUACUCCCGUAGGCAAGGUGAUCGCCGCGAAGGCGGGUGAAUACCUGAAACCAGUCUUGCUAGAAUUAGGGGGGAAAUCGCCCAUGGUGGUGCUUGCGGAUGCGGAUAUCAAAAAGGCGGCCGGGGCAGCGGUGAUUGGAAGUUAUUUGCAUGUUCGUGCACACGCGCUCUUUUACAUACGCACACCCUCCCUACACUAUACCUCUUGUAGUUCACUAAAUCAUCUGUGCAAAAAAAAAUCUAGUCCGGCCAAAUCUGCAUGGCCACCGAAAUGAUAAUAGUCCAGGACUCCAUCCUCGAAGAAUUCAUAACUGAGCUAGCAGAAGCCACCAAAAAAUUCGGCGAAACCCAAGCACUAGUUCCCCCGGGAGCACUCGAAAAGCUCAACAACCUCGUUGAAUCCGCCGUCAACCAGGGAGCAAAAGUCGUAAACCCGCCAAAAGAAAUCCCCUCCAGGGCUAAAUUCCCCAACUUGAUCAUCCGUGACGUGACCAGAGAAAUGGAACUAUACCACACGGGGUCGUUCGGCCCGCUAGCUACGGUUAUCUCUGCUAGUUCUGAGGAGGAAGCGAUAGCCAUUGCGAAUGACACUGAGUUUGGGCUGAGUGCUGCGGUUUGGACCAUGGAUUUGGCGAAGGGAUUAAAGAUUGCAAAGAGGAUCGAGAGUGGGUAUGUACAUCGUUAUCAUAAUCCUUCUGUAUUAGUUGGUCGUAGAGGGGGGCUCCCUUUUUUUUUUUCUUCAAAGGUGACUAAUGAUUGUUAGUGCUGUUCAUAUUAACGGGAUGACGGUACACGACGAGCCGGCCUUGCCACAUGGAGGGAUCAAGGAGAGUGGGUUCGGGAGGUUCGGGAGCUCGUGGGGGAUUGAGGAGUUUUUGACGACGAAGACUAUCACGUUUAUGAGUUAGGCGGUGAGGGAUGUUUACACUCUUGAUGAGAUUCAACAGAAGUUUUGUCUGGGCCUGGGUUUAUGGACCGAUACCCGCGUUGCGGCAGGUCGGAUAGGUUAUACAAUUAGUCACAAUUAAAUAGCCUUCUCUCUUUCUCUACGCCCAUCGCGAACUAGCACCCGUCUACAAUAGAUUCAGACCGUUUGGUGUCACCGCCCUCCCGGUUCCUCUUGGCCAUCUGGCACCUGCACUACCGUAUGCCUUCCCCUGCAAGGUUCGGGAGAUAUAGUCAAGCCAGUACCCGAGUUAUCUAUUAAUGCAUCUGUAGAUUAUCAAAUGUGCCCAAAGUUAAUAUAUGAUAUGAUACAAUCCGGAAAACCGCUCCUGGGAAAGAGGUAUCCGGUAUUUAAACUUCUAAUUUUUCCUAUCAUACACCCGUAGGGUAC